CAUAAUCGCAUUAGAAGUGGCUUCGAAAGCAGUAGAUGAGAAGAAAAGAGUCUUUUGAGGAGGGAUAUAUAAACACCUUAAAACUACAGUUGAUAUCAAAUCACUUUAAAGGUACAAUAGUAGGAAGUUAUCAGGUGACGUUUUUCUAAGGGAAUAUUGACGUCUUUGACGUGGAUAAUGACAUAAGCCAACACAAACCUUCAACUGAUGGUUGCGAGAAAUGGUAAAUGUCUCGGCUACUAACUAUGCUGAACCUUUUGGACCAUUUCCGUAAAUAUAUCAGGAAAACAGAUUACAGAAUAGACAAAUGACUGGAAUGUUAGAUUAGAUUCACGAGGAUGACAGACAAAUGGAUUUAGGAAUCAUCAGCACAUGGAAAUUCUAGUACUACUGAAACCCGUGGAUGAAAAGGCUAUUUCAACAUUUACUAGACACGCGUUGAUUUCAAAUUCCACCAAUAUUAAUUGAAAGGUGAAGGACAACGACUAACCUGCAUAGUCUCGACACAUUCCAUGGAUAGAUUCGAUCUGUGAGCUGCACAGGUUAAACUCGUUGCCAUCGAUAGAUUGAUUGAGGUACUAUUCCAAUGGCGAACAACUCCGCAGCCACUCUGGACGUCAAUUCGAGGUAUUAUGCCGUAGCUCAGCUUCUGCCGAUUGGAACGUUGAUUGUCUUCGUCAAUGGCGUCGUGUUUUUGCUUUUCGCUAAAAACAAACGUUUAAGAACACCAACAAAUUAUUUUCUGUUCGGUCUGGCGGUGUGCGACUUCUUGACGGGGCUCAUCAAUAUUCCUCUGACCAUAAUUGUGUUGACAAGAGUCAUGGCUCCCCCAGCUGGCGUCGUCGUGGGAUUUUUCGGGGUUGUUCUGCAGAGCAUGUUAGUAGUUCUUGUAGUCUAUCAUAUCUUCAUAAUAACUGCCGAGAGAUAUUUUUCGAUCAUUCACCCGUUUCGACACCGAUGGAAGAUAACAAAGAGUUCAGUUUUGAAGCUUAUUUUUGUUGUUUGGUUGGUUGCUAUCGUGAUAGCUUUCCUGCCCGUUACGUGGUUUUAUAGGUUCAUUUACUAUCAAGAGGACGUUACAGCUGCAACACUACAAAUACAAACGGGUCACAAUAUAUUCUGUAUCGUUUUCGUAUUCCUUUUGCCGUAUGUUUUAAUUAUUUAUUUUCAAGUCUCUUUAUACAGAAAGAUCAGACAAGGAAUGCUCGUCAGCAAAAGAGAAAAGCAAAAAUACACUGUAAACCGCAAGGUUCAUAAUGUCCGGCGGAGUAUGAUGAUUUUUGGACUAAUGGCCUUUCUUUAUGCAAUCUGUUGGUUUCCUUGGUAUGUGAUCAGCUUCUUAAGUAGUCUCUGGUUUCCUCUCUCAGAAGAAGCACGAAGAACUUUGUCGAAAUUUGCACAUGCCUUUCUCAUUGUAAGAUAUUUAACCUCUAUUGUAAAUCCUGUGCUUUAUACAUUUUUCAAGAGAGAUUUUCAAGAGACUUUCAAGACUGUCGUGUUAAGACGGAAUAUCCAACAGGAGAAUAGUCGCACAGCGUAUUUGUCUGGCAGACAGAGGCCGCCUUGCAACAUUGACCUAGCCAAUGGCUCAUCAUUCCUGUCGUGGAAACAUGGACAACUCACGAACAUUGAGUAUGUUUCAGCAGUGUAGAUGAAAAUUGAUUGCGAAUAAUUUAAGUUAAGGUUCUAAAAGGAACACAAUCUGAAGACGUGAUUACAGAGUGCACAAUGUUACUCUAGAGGGGAGGAUAAGAAGUUGGACAGGCGUCUCGAAAUAACUAGUCAGCCCCCGUAAUCGAUGUUUUGGGUAUUAAGAUCAUUUGAGGGGUAACUUUCCUCCUUCAAAGGUUAAGAAAGUCUAGGUUUCCGGUGGCACAUUGCGUUAGUAUUGAAAGGCGCCGAUUCAGAAUGGCCCCACAAAUUCCUUCGCCCACGAGCAGGUUCUGAAUAGCGAUACACGAGCUGCGACACCCACGAGAUUCGUGCCAGCGAGCGAUGUGAGCAUGCAGUGGGUCUGUAAGCUUCUUGUACCGACAGAUUUCGUGUCAAAGCCCUCACGGACCUCCCACAAGUUCACAUUCCUCGCAGGAUUAAAAGAUCUGAAAAGUGCGUGCUUUAUCGCAUCUUUAGCAGAACCAAUAAGAGCUUGCUCGUAGGCUACAAUUUCCUCUGUUACAAGAAUACUCGUAUACUUACGGAGUGGGACUUGGAAACCUGUCUUUUCAGACCAAUAGAUUUAGGUAUAAUUUCCACUCGAGAGAGGAAAGAGCGCUCGCUAUAAAAAGAACUUUACAGGCGGUCUAUAUUAAAUGGACAUUUUUUAUGA